GAGACCUUUAAACAUUUCCAUUGCGGAAAACGAGGAAUUUGCAAGUGCGUCCCGUUUUGCAAAAUUGUUUUGGACGGUGGCAGGUGUUUGAGAAGUGAUAAUUGUUGUGGUAGCCCAAAUCGUUGCGUUUUGUGUUUGUUUGUCAGUUAACAAGAUACACUUGUCGGGCAAGGCGCUCGGGUGUUGUGUGGCUAGUUUAAGUGCAAUCAGCGUUUGAUAUCUGUGCGACGUAUUCACGGGCAAAAAAGGUGCAGUGUACAAAACAAGGGAGCAAAUUGCGUUGUAUUACCAUACACAUCCACACGCACACGUCUCGCUGACAGGGUGGAAUUUUUCGCGUUUCGCUAUUUGAUGGGGCUUUCCCGUUGAGCAGAAGAAAAGCGCCCAUCAGUGUACGGGGGCGAACGUGUGCUGAUAGUGUGUAGUAAAGAAAGUGUGACGCAAUGAAAAAAUCGCUUCUGCUGACUGCCGCUCAACCCAUUCCCAUCGACGCAGUAGCACCUUGAAAUCAUGUUACAACGGGGAAAGCGAAAAGUUUAGGAGGAGGGAAACAAGUAAAUUAGUGUAGCCUGUGUGUUGUUUUGUUCAAGGAUCAAAUUCGCGAACGUGAAUGUUUGUGUGCAAAAGUGGUGGAGUAAAGUAUUUUAAUCGUGCAAGUAGCUUUGCUCCUUCUCCGCGAGAUCGAUCCGUCCCGGGGAAUCAUCAACGUAAGCCAUGCAAAGUGACAUGAAUGAGCUAGGUUCCGAAGUACUGGAUAACUGCCCGUAACUGCAGCUGAAGGAGCCUGGGUAGGAGUAGUUGAAGAGAAGGAGGAGGCAAGGGAAAAGGUCUCGAUCUCGAUCAACGCAAUCACACACAAAGCAAUCAUGGGAGCGAAGGAUUCGAAGCCGUCCUGCAUCAGCUACGAGGAGGCCGUCAAACGGGUGACGGACUCUGAGCUGCGACGCAUCAAGGAUGCGUUUAAACGAUCGGCUGGCACCAGCGGAUCAGUGCUGAGCAAAUGUGCCUUCAUGCAGGAUGUACUCGGCGAUGGCGUACCUUCGGUGGUGGCCGAUUGGCUGUACACGGCGUGCGGCGGUACCGCCAAGGGGAUCGCCUUCAAAGAGCUGCUUUGCGGCCUCGUUCUACUGACGAAAGGAACACAGGAUGAGAAAAUCAAAUUUCUUUGGACGCUGUACUGCAACGACUCUGGCACGCAUAUACUCAAACAGGAGUUCCAAAAAGCCAUACAAAUCGAAACUACCUACCAAAGCAAUGCCACCAAUAGCACCAGCAACACCACCAAUUGUAGCAAUAUUAAUAAUAACAAUCAAUCGGUAGUGAAUAGGAACAAUCAGCAGCAACAAUUGCACUGGAACCGGUUUCAGGUGUCACUAUUCGGCCAGAGCGAUCGCGUCACGUUCGAGCAGUUCAAGUCAUGGAUACAGAUGCACCGUGGUGCGACGGCCUUAUCGAAGUGGUUGCUGCAGGAUGCAUGCGUAAACCUCAGUUCCGAGCUAGAAACGCCUACCUUUUACCAGAGCUUGGCCGGAGUCACCCAUCUGGAAGAGCAGGACAUUGGUGACCUUGAAAAGGUGUUCUGGUUGCUGAAGGGUGCCGCCGUCACGGGACAGCUAGACUUGGAAUCGCUCGGGCCGCUGGUCAGUCCACCCGUUCCAAAAGCGGCCCUCGGUGGCGUAUUCCUCGCGUUCGACGAAAACCACGACGGACACAUUGAUUUCAAAGAGCUGUGCUGUGGUGUGAGUGCCGCCUGUCGAGGACCCAGCGUGGAACGGAGCAAGUUUUGCUUCAAAGUAUUCGAUAUUGAUCGUGAUGGAGUGUUGAGUUUUGUGGAGAUAAGGCAGAUGAUCGACAUAUUGCUGUCGGUGGCUCGUGAAGCAAAUGUUAGUGUAUAUCGGAAUCUGAACCACGACAAGGUGCUUGCCGAGCUGCAUCGACGAGCAACGAAGGGGGGAAAUGGAAGUAAAGAAAAUGCUAGCGAGGCCGAAAGGAUGUCGUCGCUGGAUAGUGCCUGUGCAGCGAAUAUCCCCGAGUUUAAGUUCACUCAAGAAGAUUUCCUGAUCUGGAGCAUCGAAAGCAGUUCGAAUCUGGUCCAACCAUUUCUAGACCUCCUGUUUGAAGUUUGUCACAUAGUGUUGGGGUUGCGGCCACAGUGCCGUCAUCUCGAAGGCGACAUAGUGCGCGGUUGGUUGUCGCGGGAGGUCCGUCGUGGUUACAAAGUGGGACAGUUUUGGUAUUUGAUAUCGUCAGACUGGUGGCAGCACUGGUCACAGUACACGCAACUGUCAUCGCCUAGUUCGUCCUGCGUGCAUUGUAAGACCACUGGUACAAGCUAUGCGAACAAUCGCGCCAAUGCCAGUGCUAGUGGGGUGCACUCUCUAAUGCCCAACGGAGGAGGUGGUACAAGCGCCGGAACGGUCGAUGAGGCAAUGAUCUGUGAUGAAAGCUUUACGUCCAACUCGACCGAGAGUAUGGGCGAUUUACUGGGAGCGGGGGAUUCAUCUAGUCUGGGCUCGGGAAGCAGUGGAAUUUCGUACGGUCGGCAUGCAGGCAGUGCACCCGGUCCCAUCGAUAACAGCUGCCUAAUAGCGCCGAACAUUUACAAGCAAAUACCGACACUGACCGGUGAAGGUGGACGCUUGAAGAGAGAUCUUACUUUGGUGCAGCAUCGUGACUUCGAAUUAGUUCCGGACUCGCUCUGGAAAGCAUUAGCCCAAUGGUACGGUGGUCCGCUGCCCUUGCCAAGACAGGUCAUUCAACCUCACAGUAUUGGGGAUGUCGAAUUGGAACUUUAUCCGUUGAACUUGAGGAUACUACGUCACCAAAACCAACCGGCACAGCAGCAGCAUGGUCAGAUGGCUGGAAGUAGUGCUUGGGCCAGCAUGUCCGGAGGAUACGGUGCAUUAACUACGGGCAGUUAUCCAACUACGGUCUCUUCGGUACCAGCCGUUUUACAUCCGCCUAAGAAAUAUCUCGCUUACACGGCUGCCUUCAGUCGUUUGGCCACUAUAAAGCAGGUAGCCGAGUUCCUAUGCCAAAGAUUGAAGUUAAAACCGGAGGAUAUUCGGCUCUGGCAUCUCGUACCGACACCUACUGGUAUCAGCGAAUUCCCUUACCUGCUGGAGGAAGAUCAGUUGACGCUGCAUGAGCUAUCGAUUGGUGAUACCGAUCAGAUUCUGCUGGAGAUCCGUAAUAAAGAUCUCACCUGGCCGGAGGAGCUCGGUUCAUUGGCACUUUCGCAGGGCUCCGGAGGCACUAGUUUGGAUCGGCGAGGUACAAUUGCUUCGAUCCAAUCCCAACAUCCUCCGGGUGCGACAGGACUCCACAACCUGGGCAAUACAUGCUUCAUGAAUGCAGCUCUCCAGGUCCUGUUCAACACUCAACCACUCACGCAGUACUUCAUCCAGAAGAAGCAUCUGUACGAGUUGAAUACAACGAACAAGAUGGGCACGAAAGGACAACUAGUGAUUCGUUACGCAGAACUGUUGCGCGAUGUAUGGACGGCCUCGACACGUUCCAUUGCUCCACUGAAGUUGCGCUUUUGUGUGACAAAGCAUGCGCCUCAGUUUUCAGGCGGAGGACAGCACGAUUCUCAGGAGCUGCUCGAUUGGCUGCUGGAUUCGCUUCACGAGGAUUUGAAUCGCGUGAUGGAGAAGCCGUACACGGAGUUGAAGGAUUCGGAUGGACGUUCGGAUGUGAUCGUAGCGACGGAAGCAUGGAGUCAGCACCAUGCCCGCAAUCAGAGUAUAAUUGUUGACUUGUUUUACGGACAGUUGAAGUCGAAGGUAACAUGUCAGGGUUGUGGCCGAGAUUCGGUCCGAUUCGACCCGUUCAGCUUGCUAAGUUUACCACUUCCUGUGGAGAAUUACACAUACUGCGAAGUACUCGUGAUGCUACUGGACGGCUCUGUACCGGUGAAGUAUGGUUUGCGGAUGAAUUCGGAAAUGAAGUACUGGGAUCUCAAGAAACAUUUGAGUGAAUUGUGCGCUCUAGAGCCGGAUCAAAUGUUGAUCUGUGAACUAUCGAACUCGCAAAUACGACUCAUCCUGCCCAACGAGAUUCGAAUUAAGCCGAGUACUGCCUGUGAGCUGUAUGCGUACGAGCUGCCAAAGGUCGACAGUGUGCUCCGAUCUCGCGCUGGUUCUGAGUUGGCCAUUAACAUCGAGAAAGGACUCAAGGAUAUUCAGCGGAAUCAAGCUCUUCUAAUACCAUCAUUAGACCCGCACCAGCUUACGACAAGCUCGAUCAACACCACAAUCUCGUCCACAUCGUCGUCAGCGUCCUCCUCCUCGACGGCCACGACUGACGAUACGGCCGCCAUUACCGGACGUAAGCCGGGAUCCGCUACAGGUGGCGGAUCUAAGCCGUUAACGAACGGAGUGCUCUGUAAUGGCGGAUCAGCCGGAGGAGGAGGUGUCGAUGGUGGAGCCAGUAAUGGAGCGACGGUGGCUAACCGCAGGACUUCGGCCACGUCGAAGGUAAGCCGGUGCUUUGGCAACACACUCUGCAUGCCCCCGAAUAUGUUGUGCUUCAAGCACAUUCCGGAAAUCAGCACUAGCCCGGACAGUACGUUCGUAUAUGGCGCAGGGCAGUACAGCGAGCUGACCACGGGGUACGGUAGCAAUGGAUACGGUACCAGUGUAAUCGGAAAUCAGAAGCUAAACACGCAUGCGUCCGCCACACAGCAGCCAUCGAAAGAUCCCAACCGAUCGAAAACGAUAUCGACGACCAAUUUGUUGAACAACGCCGAUAACGGUUGGAGCAGUGGUAACGGCGUUGGGUGCGACUUGUCGAAUACGCACCAUCUGCAUCACCCGUACGAAUGUACCGAUUGCGAUAAUAUCUACAUGGGAGAGGACAUGCCACCGUACGGCGAUCCCCAGCAGGGUGAUGCGAUAAGUCUAAGUGCAAUUAGUAAGCGACCGCAUGGUUUUGCGGGCGGAACAGCGGGUCUGCGAAAGACGAACUAUUUGAUAGCGGUCCAUCGGAAGCUCAGCAGACAGGAUACGUAUUUCCUGUCGCAUCACAAAUCGAAACCGGGACUGUUCGGUGUACCACUGCUGAUUCCUUGCUACGACGGAGUCACCAACAAAGAGCUGUACUGUUCCGUUUGGUUGCAGGUGGCCCGUUUACUCAGUCCACUGCCACCAACACCGCCAGACCAAUCGAACCAUGCUACCGACUGUGAUGAUAGUCUAGGGUACGAUUUUCCGUUCACGUUGCGUGCAGUAGGAAGCGGCGGUCGUAUGUGUGCCCUCUGCCCGUGGUCACGUUUUUGCCGUGGUUGUGAGAUUCCGUGCAAUGAUGAACCGCUGCUGCAGGGAUUGAUUUGUUCGGCACCCGGUUCAACAAGUAAUAGCUCCACACCAAAUCUAUCUUCACGCGAACAAACACCGACCUUACGACGGAAGGGAUAUGCGGCUAGUUCGUCCGGUAGCUCGUCGUUAGAUGGAGCUACCAACCAGCAACAGCAACCAUCCUCGAUGGGUACGUUGCCGACGACAUCAUCGUCGUCACCGGUUGCAUCGUUGCAGAGUUCCAUCAAUGCACGAUCCAUCCAAAUUGCCAUAGAUUGGGAUCCAACAGCACUUCACUUACGUUACCAAAGCACACGCGAACGGCUAUGGACCGUACACGAAUCGGUGGCGAUAUGCCGCAAACAACAAACGGAACCCGUCGAUCUGGAUCACUGUCUACGGGCCUUUACCUCAGAAGAAAAGCUAGAACAAUGGUACCACUGUUCGCAUUGUAAACAGAAAAAGCCAGCCACUAAAAAGCUGCAGAUCUGGAAAUUACCUCCCAUUUUGAUUGUGCAUUUGAAGCGCUUCAACUACGUCAGUGGCAAAUGGGUAAAGUCGCAGAAGGUAGUCAACUUCCCGUACGAAGGCUUCGAUCCAACGCCCUAUCUUGCCUCCGUGCCGCAGGAGACAAUUCUACGCCAUCGCGAUCUGCUCGAAGGUUUAUCCGCUGGUCCGCGUGGCGAUGGACGCAAUCGAGACUGCCACGAGGAGUUUGUAGAGUUCGAUCGGGAAAUGUCCAUGAUCGAUGAAGCAAGCGAUGAGAUUUCACUAUCAUCUCUGCGGCUAAACGGUGCGAGGGAUAGCGAGGGCGGUUGUGAUAGUGACGAUGGCGGUACUAACAGCGAUCGCCGACAGGACGAAUUAGAUGGCAAACCGCGGAGCAGUAUUAUAACACCGGCCGUUGUCGGUUUCAAUCAUGUGUCGAGUCCUCGUCAGUUGCCGGACGGCGAUGUACUGGGCGGCGGUUGUAGUUCCUCGGUCGGUAAUGAAAGCACUACCGCAUCCACGUCUGUGCGAAUAAAGUCGGCAUGUUCGGUGCGCAGCAGUGAUUCCACGCGUCGACAGCGACUAGUGUCUACUAGUCUUACGAAGACUCCGAUCAUUGAUGGGGAAUUGACAGAUUUCCACAAACAUCAUCUGAAGCCCGAUUGUGAUCCGUUCGAGUUGAAGUAUCAGCUUUAUGCUGCUGUGUGCCAUUCGGGAAUGCUUAACGGUGGACAUUAUAUCUCCUAUGCGGCCAAUCCGAACGGUUCGUGGUAUUGUUACAAUGAUAGCUCCUGUCGCGAAAUACCUACACGGCCAAAGAUUGAUCCCAGCACGGCCUAUCUGCUGUUUUACGAGCGACGCGAUCUGGAGUAUGGACCGUAUCUACCUAAAGUAGACGGAAGGCAGUUGCCCAGCGAAGGCCUUCUCGACCUCGAUGACAGUGAUAAUGAUUUAAAGAAGAUGUGUUCGCUUAUGUAAGGACGAGGAACAAGGAUGCGGUGCGUUGAAGUUUCUUUUGUGGAUUUUCUUUUCGGAGGAAAUAAUUAAACCGCUCGACGCCAAGAUAUAUAGGGUAGCUAAACGAAACAAUAUAAUUCAAUGUACGCCAUUCUUUAAUCACAAGCAACUAGUUCCGGAACGUAGUUUAGCUUAAAUUGAUAAAAUCAACCGUAUAAUCAAAGUGUUUCACGUCUUAUGCAAUCGAAAUAGGGAUUGUUUUUGCGAUCCAUUGCCUCUAGGGAGCGUACAGCAGAAUCACUAGGCAGAAGGUUUAGAAGAAGGCACACCGUGUAACAGCUGGCAUGACAUUGAUGGAGUUGCGGGUGUAUUGGGUAAUGGGUCCGGGUCAAUGAGGGGUUGUUCGUGGUGUGCUUUCGAUGGGAAGGAUAUUGGUAAACAGGCGCAUCGUAUUUUAGUUUUUACGCGUUGCUUUUGCAUAAAUUGCUAUAGGCUUUACAUUUUUCUACGAAAAAUAUAGCGACAUAAGCAUACCACUGAUUGCCUGCUUUAAGUUGGCCAAUGCUUCGAAUGCGUGUUACGAAUUUUCGAUGCGCUGUGAUGUACUAUUUGCAGAAAGAUGGAUGAUUUUGAAGCGAGAGCGAGAACAUUCCACAUACAUAUGGCCUACGGUGAAACUAUCGUUAGACCUUUUGAAAGCCAUUUGGGAAUGGGGGAAUUGUGCGUUUAUUGUGCUUAGUUUUUGAUUUAUGAGCGAAGCGAAUUCAGGAAUUUACUAAUGGAAUAUCGAUAUUGUAAGCAAUAGAUAUUAUUGAAGAGGAGGCAAACCAUCAGCUGAUGGUCGCGGGAUGCCUCUCUUUGCCGCGGGAGAUCUGUCCUCGAUUAUGUGUUAGAGUGCUUCACUACCACACCCGUGAGCUGUAAUUGUGCGCGUUUGGUGGUUCGUUAUGAUAGAUUUUGUUUUCGUUUUUAACUGUUUGGUUAUUCGUACCUUUAUUGUUCAAAGCCAUUAAACCAAGAUAUUGCAGCGAGCAAUCUGAAGAAUUAACUCACUGAUAUGUUGUUACGCAGACACACACGUUCCUUGUUAUAACGGUAAUACGAAUGUGUGGUAAGCUUUUGUAAUUGGUCUUCUGCCGUUCAAAUAUCUCGUUACGUUUCUCGUGUCAUUCUUUAAAUUUUUGUUUCGUACGCAUGUUAUUUCAUAAUGCGGAUACUGCUGCGUAUGACUUAGUUCAGCAUCACCAGAUACCGGAACGUGCGAUCCGUGGAUCGUGGAAACAAGCGGACGCUACACUACUGUUGGUUUGGGUUGAUCCUCUGUUUAAUUGUUAUUUUUGUACAUGCAUAGGUUUUUAUUUUGGUAGUUGUUUAAAUAAAGAAGAAUAAUCUAUACAAUC